AUGAAUUUCGAGAAGUUCUAUCGCAUCUUAAUUUUUCUUGGUUUGAUUGAGUUCUUCCUUCAACUAUCCAUCGGGGAGUUGAAUGAAGAGAGAGAAGCGUCCAUCCUCGGGAUGAUGUUAGAAAAACACAUCUUCAAGAAGAUUACCGGAGCUGUUUUCGGUGAUGUGUGUUUGCGGGAUUGUUAUCGCGACGUCAGAUGUCAAAGCUUUAACUACGUCUUCACCCAAGAUAUGUGUGAAUUAAGCAACCGCACAAAAGAGGCCAGACCUGAAGAUUUUAUACCAAACUCUGAGAGGUACUAUUUCAGGCGAGACAAGAAUAGAGUCUCUCUCGGUUCCAUACCUGAUCUGCCCGCAAAAUCAUGUAAGGAAAUUAAUAAGAGUGAAGAAGGAAGAGCAGUCAGCGGCAAAUACUGGUUGGAUUUCAGCAUACUCGAGAUACCUGUGUUGGCUUAUUGUCACAUGGAGACCGAAGUGGUUGAAAACUCAUCAGUAAUUUAUAUGCAAAACAUUUAUUCAUCUCCUCUCAAUAAAUUUGGUUUUCUGUCUCGGCAGUUAUUAUCAAUGCGUUAUUUAUAUUCCCUAACAGUUCAAGUACAGUCAUUUGUGACCGUUUCAAGUUCAUGCGCCAACUCUUCGACUGUUCUUUCCGGUUCGAGUGGCAUACUGUAUUCAAACAAAGCUCAGCACUACUCUAACCGUAUGAAUUGCAGUUGGAGUCUCCUUUCGGACAACAACAUUAUGCUUACAUUCUUCAAAUUCGACACUGAGUGGUGGUACGACUUCGUAAACGUGUACGAUGGCAGAUCUUCAUCAUCUCCAUUGAUUGGGCGAUAUCAUGGAACCUCUCUGCCUCCAGUCGUUACAAGUUCAUCAAACCAACUCUUCAUCACUUUUACAAGUGACCUCAGCGUCAGGAAACCAGGGUUUGGGGCAAGUUACCGUGUUGUAAACGAGAUCCGCCUUAUUGGUAACACGUCAUUAACUGGAAGGGUGAAAGUUUUCGCUGACGGCCAAUGGGGAACAAUCUCUGACGACGGCUGGGACAUUAACGACGCUCACGUGAUCUGCAGACAGCUUGGUUUCCCUUCAGCCAUUAAAGCCUUUAGCAGCGCCACGCAUGGUCAAGGAUCAGGUCAGAUAUGGAUUCAUAGUUUGGAAUGCACAGGGAAUGAAUCUCAUAUCUACGAGUGCAGCCAUAACGAUUACAAUUGUGAUCACUCUGGGGAUGUCAGCGUAGAGUGUUCCUCUAUCAUUCCUUGAUGGCAUGAGUUGCACUGACACGUAAUACUAAAAGGCUACAUAAUAGAAAGUCUUCAGUAGAUAGGAAGUUAGCCUUUGUCUUUAGAGAUUUAGCAAUAUCAUUAUAUGGACACAUAUUA